GUAAUGUUUCUGGAUCUGCACUGAAAUGGUUUACUACAUCUAGUAAAGGUAUUUUUAGUUCCCUGAGCAUUUGUGUUGCAAGGCAGAAUUCCUUUUGAAAUAAUCACCUCUGAAUAGAAGAUGAAAAUGUGGUACUUAAUCAGUCAUCUUGUUACAGUGUGUUUCAUCUUCUGCCUGGCAGAGGAUGGAAAAGGAUAUGGACCAGUUUUUGAGGAGCAACCGAUUGAUACCAUCUACCCUGAGGAAUCGACAGAUGGACGAGUUUCCAUGAACUGCAGGGCUCGAGCAAUUCCCUUUCCAACUUACAAAUGGAAACUAAAUAACUGGGAUAUUGAUUUAACAAAGGAACGCUAUAGUAUUGUGGGAGGUAGACUUCUUAUCAAUAACCCAGAGAAAUCAAAGGAUGCUGGGAAAUAUGUUUGUAUAGCAUCAAAUAUCUUUGGAACUGUCCGAAGUGCUGAAGCUGCUCUAAGUUUUGGAUACCUUGAUACAUUUCCACCUGAGGAACGCUAUGAGGUAAAAGUACGGGAGGGUGUUGGAGCAGUGCUUCUUUGUGAGCCUCCUUACCAUUAUCCAGAUGAUCUCAGUUAUCGCUGGCUUCUAAAUGAGUUCCCAGUAUUCAUUACUUUGGAUAAACGACGGUUUGUGUCACAGACAAAUGGCAAUCUCUACAUUGCAAAUGUAGAAGCAUCAGAUAAAGGCAAUUAUUCAUGUUUUGUGUCCAGUCCUUCAAUCACGAAGAGUGUUUUCAGCAAAUUCAUUCCACUUAUUCCCCAGGCAGACCGACCUAAAGUAUAUCCAGCUGAUAUCAAGGUUAAAUUCAAGGAUACAUAUGCACUCCUGGGGCAAAACGUAACACUGGAAUGUUUUGCACUUGGGAAUCCUGUUCCUGAGAUUAGAUGGAAUAAGUAUCUUGAACCCAUGCCAACAACUGCUGAGAUAAGCAUGUCUGGUGCAGUUCUCAGAAUCUUAAAUAUUCAGUUUGAAGAUGAAGGGACUUAUGAAUGUGAAGCUCAAAACUAUAAAGGACAAGAUAAACAUCAGGCAAGAGUUUAUGUUCAAGCAUAUCCAGAAUGGGUUGAACAUAUCAAUGACACAGAGAGAGACAUAGGCAGUGAUCUAUACUGGCCUUGUGUAGCCACAGGCAAGCCUAUUCCAACAAUCAGGUGGUUGAAAAAUGGAUUAUCGUUUCGGAGAGGUGAAUUAAGAAUACAAGGCCUGACUAUCGAGGAUGCCGGCAUGUAUCAAUGUAUAGCAGAAAAUGUACAUGGAAUUAUAUAUGCAAAUGCUGAGCUGAAGGUUGUGGCUUCACCUCCUAAUUUUGAACUGAACCCAAUGAAGAAGAAGAUAUUGGCUGCAAAAGGAGGCCGUGUAAUAAUUGAAUGUAAACCUAAAGCUGCUCCUAAACCAAAAUUCUCAUGGAGCAAAGGAACAGAAUUGCUUGUAAAUGGGAGCAGGAUAUCUAUUUGGGAUGAUGGUAGCCUGGAAAUUGUUAAUAUCACAAGGUUGGAUCAAGGCAGCUACACAUGUUUUGCAGAAAAUAACCGAGGAAAAGCUAACAGUACUGGUACUUUGGAAAUCACAGAAGCUACAAGGAUUACCUUAGCGCCAACUAAUGUUGAUGUCACAGUUGGAGAGAAUGCCACCAUGCAGUGUAUUGCAUCCUAUGAUACCACGUUAGACCUGACAUUUAUUUGGUCUCUUAAUGGCUACAUGAUAGAUUUUGAAAAAGAGCAUGAUCAUUAUGAAAGGAGUGUUAUGAUAAAGGCCAAUGGUGAACUGCUUAUUAAAAAUGUACAGCUGCGGCAUGCUGGAAGAUACACAUGCACGGCACAGACAAUUGUUGAUAACUCUUCAGCUUCUGCUGACCUUGUUGUAAGAGGUCCUCCUGGUCCCCCUGGGGGUUUGAGAAUAGAAGAUAUUAAAGAUACCUCUGUAACACUUACUUGGAGUCGUGGAACAGACAAUCAUAGCCCUAUUUCAAAGUAUACUAUCCAGUCAAAGACUUUUCUUUCUGAGGAGUGGAAAGAUGCCAAAACAGAUCCCCCAAACAUUGAAGGAAAUAUGGAGACCGCAAAGGUAAUUGAUUUAAUCCCAUGGAUGGAGUAUGAGUUCCGGAUAAUAGCAACAAAUACUUUGGGGACAGGAGAACCUAGUAUGCCAUCACAAAGAAUUAGAACAGAAGGAGCAGCUCCUAAUGUGGCUCCUUCUGAUGUUGGAGGAGGUGGUGGAAGCAAUAGGGAGCUGACGAUAACAUGGAUGCCUUUGCCAAGAGAGUACCAUUUUGGGAAGAAUUUUGGUUACAUAGUAGCCUUUAAACCAUUCGGUGAAAAGGAAUGGAGAAGAGUUACAGUUACCAAUCCUGAUAUUGGCCGAUAUGUGCAUAAAGAUGACACUCUGCCCCCCUCAACAAAAUUUCAAGUAAAAGUGAAAGCAUUUAACAACAAAGGGGAUGGACCAUUCAGCCUUGUUGCCAUCAUUUAUUCAGCAAAAGAUGCUCCCAGUGAAAGGCCCAGAAAUGUGAAUGUAAAAAUCUUAUCAUCUUCUGAAAUCUCCGUUUCCUGGGAGCAUAUUUUUGAGCAGUCUGUUGAAGGAUAUCAGAUUCGUUACUGGACCGUUCAUGACAAAGAAGCAGCUGCGCAGCGUGUGCAAGUGAGCAAUCAGGAAUACUCAACAAAACUGGAAAAUUUGAAACCUAAUACCCGAUACCACGUAGAUGUUUGUGCAUUCAAUAGUGCAGGGUAUGGACCACCCAGUAGUGUUAUUGACAUUGUCACAAGAAAAGCACCUCCAAGCCAACGUCCAAGAAUUGUCAGUUCUGUCAGGUCUGGUUCAAGGUACAUCAUCACUUGGGACCAUGUCAAGCCAAUGUCAAAUGAAUCUGCUGUUCAAGGAUACAAAGUGCUGUUUAGACCAGAUGGCCAACAUGAGGGUACACUGUAUUCAACUGGAACACAUUCAAUAGAGUUGCCAGUCCCCAACGAUGGUGAAUAUGUGGUUGAGGUUCGAGCACACAGUGAAGGAGGAGAUGGAGAAGUAGCUCAAAUUAAAAUUUCAGGUGCUUCUGUUGGUGCAUCACCUGGUCUUCUUGGCUUAUUGCUCUCGGCCAUUGCUGUCCUUGUCUACUCGGAAUUCUGAAUGUCUCCAGAUUUAUCUUGUCCUCACUCAGUGAAAGGACGCCCUUCAAACCUAGACUACAAUUCUUUUUGACUCCUGUGGCACCAUCUUAAGCCAAAUAAAUUACACUUUAAAGAAUAACCCUACUGAUUUACUAUGAACUUUAAGAGGACUGAGGCAUCCAGGAACUCCUCCAUCAAGUGAAUCAACUUUUGAAAGAAUAAUAAAAGAUUUUUAACUUGUUCCGAUAUGCCUUAUAAAACACUUAUGCUGAUUUGUGACAGUUGCAUGAUUUGGUCCAAUGGGGCAAGUUACAGUGUUAAAAUCCAAUAACAUAGGCUGUACAGUGAAAGUAAAAUCACCAUACAUAGGUGCUUUAACUUUAAUAACAAAUUGUGAAAAAUAAUAGAGAUUGAAAUGUUGAUUGUGUGUGGUAAAUGUGAGAGUAAUUACGUCUGUCUGUACUAUCCUGUAUGUUUUGUGUGCUGCAUAUUUUUGAAUGGCCCUAUCAUUUUUUAAAUUUCAGGUUUUUAGAGAUACAGUCAAAGCAAAAACAUGUAAUUAAUUUUUAGAGCUUUUUGUCCUGAUGCAAUUGAAUACUCUUUGAGGCAUUUGAAACUCAGUUCAAUUAAAGAAAAAAUAUUUUAGAUGCAUUUGGGAAGUUUAAUUUUGAAUAUUAAGAACAAAAUUGAAUUAUAAAGAUUUUCCAGUCUCCUCCUUCAUAUAACCCAACAUUUCAAGAAAUGCUCCUCAAGCAAUUUCUGAUUUAGUAAUAGAUUAUUUAAGUUUUAUCAUGCAAAGAACUUCAGUGAAAGCAUAUGUAGCUUGACACCAUUUCUUUUAUUACUCUGUUCAGGAAUUAUUGUUUAAAUAAUUUAGUCAUUACUGAUUUUAAGUGUGAAAAUCUGGCUUUCACACCAGCAUGAUUUCCCCUUAUGCCUCAAGAUAGUGGAAUAGCAUGUUAAAAGUUUAAAAAUCAGCCAGUGGAACAUCAGAUGAUAGAAUGUUUUAGUUGUGUUUCAAAACUUGUAACUAGUGUUUCAAAA